CAAAAACACACCGUACCACAACAACACCACUUACACCACCAACAUGGAUGAAUACCAGCUCAGGGACGAAGCGGUCCGCGACCGGGUGCGCCAGGCACAGGAAUUCUUAGAUCCUCGUACGUCCUUCAUGUUCCUCUACCUGACGAUGCCCCCUCUAACCGCGCGCAGUUGAGCGAACUUCUGCUCGAAGUUACAGAUCAGAGAUCAUAUUGAUGCUGCAGAAGUUUCAACGGAGACUUGUUGUGAGUAUAGACGAAAUCCGUGCCCAUAAUACCGAAUUGGCAGAGGGUUUACUACACUCCCCAUUUGACUAUGCACAAGCAUUCGACAAGGCGCUCCACGACAUUGUCAAAGUUGUGGGCACCACAUCUCAACAGACUUCCGAUGACACGAUGUACUACUGCGCCUUUUCUGGCAGCUUUGGACAAUAUGCAUGCAACCCUCGAACGUUGUCCUCGACGCAUCUCAACCAUAUGGUUUCCCUGGAAGGAAUUGUGACGAGAUGUUCUCUUGUUCGUCCAAAGGUCGUUAAGAGCGUACAUUACAACGAGAAAAAGAAGAUAUUUCAUUUCAGAGAAUACAAAGAUCAGACAAUGACAGCAGGCGGAGCUACCACAACCAGCGUAUAUCCACAAGAAGACGAGGAGGGUAACCCUUUGGUCACCGAGUAUGGUUACUGCACAUAUCGGGAUCACCAAACCAUUUCUAUACAAGAAAUGCCAGAACGAGCGCCAGCAGGACAAUUGCCAAGAGGAGUGGAUGUCAUUUUGGACGAUGAUUUGGUUGAUAAAUGCAAACCCGGGGAUCGCGUUCAACUUGUCGGAAUUUACAGAUCUCUUGGAAAUAGAAAUACUAGCCACAAUAGUGCUCUGUUCAAAACCACUAUUCUAGCUAACAAUAUUGUCAUGUUAUCCUCGAAAUCGGGCGGAGGAAUCGCUGCUGCUACGAUUACGGACACAGAUAUUCGUAACAUCAACAAAAUUGCAAAGAAAAAGAAUCUCUUCGAUCUUUUGUCCCAGUCGCUAGCCCCUAGUAUUUACGGACACGAAUAUAUCAAAAGGGCGAUUCUGUUGAUGCUGCUGGGUGGGAUUGAGAAGAAUUUGGAAAACGGAACCCAUUUGAGAGGUGAUAUCAACAUUUUAAUGGUUGGUGAUCCAUCUACCGCCAAAUCCCAGAUUCUACGAUUUGUACUCAACACCGCUCCUCUGGCCAUUGCCACUACUGGUCGAGGUUCAUCUGGUGUUGGUUUGACGGCCGCUGUUACGUCCGAUAAGGAGACUGGAGAGCGAAGGCUCGAAGCUGGUGCCAUGGUUCUUGCUGAUCGUGGUGUGGUCUGUAUUGAUGAGUUCGACAAGAUGUCUGACAUUGAUCGAGUCGCUAUCCACGAAGUUAUGGAACAACAAACUGUUACAAUUGCGAAAGCCGGUAUCCACACCUCACUUAAUGCUCGAUGCAGUGUGGUAGCUGCUGCAAAUCCUAUAUUUGGACAGUACGACACACACAAGGACCCGCAUAAGAAUAUUGCUCUUCCAGAUUCUCUUCUGUCUCGUUUUGAUUUGUUAUUUAUUGUCACGGAUGAUAUAGAUGAUGCUCGUGAUCGGCAAAUAUCUGAACAUGUUCUUCGGAUGCAUCGCUAUAGACAACCAGGAACGGAGGAAGGAGCACCAGUUCGAGAACAGGCUCAUCAAACCCUAGGUGUAGGAGUUGAGCAAGAAGCUGAUGCCAACCGCCCAACAGACGUUUAUGAGAAAUACAACGAGAUGCUCCAUGCUGGUGUUACGACUACUACUGGACGCGGCUCAAGCAAGCGGAUCGAAGUUCUGAGCAUACCAUUUAUUAAGAAAUAUAUUCAAUACGCAAAGUCAAGAAUAAAGCCAAUCUUAACACAAGAGGCUUCAGAUCGUAUCGGCGAGACUUACGUCAAGCUUCGAAACGACGACAUGAUAGGCAACCAGCGCAAAACAAAUGCCAUGACAGUUAGAACUCUCGAGACCAUUAUCCGUCUAUCAACAGCACACGCCAAAGCACGUCUCUCCAAUCGUGUACAGGAAGCCGAUACCAUAGCCGCCGAAAAGAUCCUGCGAUUCGCCCUCUUCAAAGAAGUCGUCGAAGACGAAAAGAGAAACAAACGCCGCAAGACCCGACCUCUUGAGGGCGAGACCUCUGGAGACGACAGUUCAGACUCGGAUUCAGAUUCCCCACCCCCUACCACCCGCGCAGGAACAUCUCGAACCCCAGGAACAGCAAGAACAAGAGGUCUCGCCGUCCCCAAGAAAUCCAAGGGCAAGGGCCGCUCCAGAACCCCCGUCUCAGGAGGCGACGAGGACGAAGAUGAGGAUCUCUACGAUGCCACCCCACAACGCACACGCACCACCAACGGCGGACCCUCCCAAUCCCAGACUUCCUUCGCCUCCUCCCUCCCCGCUUCCCAACUGCCCUCCCAAUCCCAAUCGCAAGCGCAGGAAGAAGACGCCGAGCUCGCGGACGGUGCAGCAGCCUUGACUCUCGCAACCAUCACACCGGCUCGUUUCCAGGUUUUCCGCACGACGUUGGGGCAAUUGAUUGAUAGCGAUCUCUUUCAUGACGACUCGGCUGAGGUGAAUAAUAUUGUUCAGGGCGUGAAUAGAGCGAUUGGUGGAGCUGCGGGGGGAGCGUUUAGUAGGGAUGAGGUCGUUGCUGCGUUGAAGAAGAUGGAUGAUGUGAAUCAGAUUAUGUGAGUAUUCUUCCUUGAGUUGAACCAUCACUAGGGCUAUUAUUUUUGACCAUUUUGCUAAUUAUUUUUCGUUAGGUACACCGGUGGUGAGAUGGUGUAUAAAGUUUAAGAUUUUCAAUGGAGGAGGUUUAUUGGAUGAUGAGAUUGGCUGACUGGAGUUUUUUCCAGUAGGCAUGGAGUUUGUGGGUUGGUUUGUUUAGUUAGGUUAUGAGAUAGAUGAGCGAACGAAUGAAGUACCGAGGUGGAGUAACAUCGUAUGGAUCGAGUAAUGAGAUACACCCCAUUUCUAUAAA